CAAUCAUUUCCAUGAUUUCUGUACCACAGUCUAAAUUGCGGAAGUAAUCUGCUGACUACCGCAUCGACACAGCUUCAGUGGGCGUUGAAAGCUACACCGUUUACAAGCUCUUCUAAAUAAAAGAAAAGGUUAAGAGAAAAUUUGGAACUGACCCAAGAUGUGGAGGUCUCAAGUAGGAAGCAAUGUGAAUGUUGCACAGGAAGAGGAUGACGAUUGGGAAACCGAUCCAGAUUUUGUGAAUGAUGUGAGUGAAAAGGAACAGAGAUGGGGAUCUAAAUCAGUUGAAGGAUCAGGAAGGCAAGGGUCUCUCAAUAUCAAUGAGCUGAGAGAAAAUGUGAAGCAAGAUGAUGCCAAGAUAAAGGAAAAGGAACUGGCCACUGCUCCCAAAGCUUCGUACGGAUAUGGAGGGAAGUUUGGCGUUCAACAGGACAGGAUGGAUAAGUCUGCCCUUGGCCACGACCAUCAGGAAUCGCUCCAGAAGCACGCAUCCCAGGCCGACUACGCCAAGGGGUUUGGAGGAAAGUAUGGAGUGCAGAAAGAGAGAGUGGAUAAAUCAGCUGUCGGGUUCGACUACGAGGGAAAGACGGAUAAACAUGCUUCACAAAAAGAUUAUGCGACAGGUUUUGGAGGAAAGUUUGGAGUACAGAAAAGCAUGGAUAAGAGUGCCGUUGGAUGGGAUUACCAAGCCAGUUUAGCACAGCACAACUCACAAAAAGAUUAUGCGACGGGUUUCGGUGGCAAGCACGGUGUCCAGAAGGAUCGUCAGGACGCUUCUGCUGUCGGGUUUGACUAUGAAGGAAAGACGGAGAAACAUGCCUCACAGAAAGAUUACGCCAGCGGGUUUGGCGGGAAAUACGGCGUGCAGAAGGACCGCCAAGAUUCAUCGGCGCUCGGGUUUGACUACGAAGGCAAGACAGAGAAACACGCAUCUCAAACGGACAUGAGCAAAGGGUUCGGAGGAAAGUUCGGUGUUGAUAAGAAUGCGCAGGACGCAUCGGCAGGCGGUUUCGACGAUAUGCAGGGUGUUUCAUCGUCGUAUACAAGAACAAGACCCCAGCCACCAGCUAAAGGAGGCGCUGGAAGUCUGAGGAAUAAGUUUGAACAGAUGGCCCAAGCAGGUGAAGAGGAGAGCAAAAGAAAAGCAGAGGAGGAGAGACAGAGAAGACAAGCUAGGGAACAGAAAGAACGAGAAGAAAAUAAGAGAAAGGAAGAGGAGAGACAGAGAGCAUUAGCAGAGCAGCACAGAGCGCUUCCAGAUGAGCCUGAGCCGGAACCAGCCACAUCACCGCGUCAUGAAGCACCUCCAGCAGAGGAUGAAUGGGAGACGCAGGCAGAACAAGAACAACCCCCACAGCUUCCCCCACCCAGGCAGCUUCCAACGUUACCAGGGCGACAGGCCCAACCGCUCCCUGCCACACCCGACGAACCGAACGUCUAUGAGGACGCGGGAGACGUGGGGGCGAAUUUCAACGAGCCAGAGGACACGUACGCGGAUGCGGAUGCAACGGCGACGUACGAUCAACCUCCAGAUGAUAUGGGUCAACAGACUUACGAAGAAGUUGACCACGCCCCUGUUGCCGAUGACUCCACCUACGAGGACCUUCCACCGCAGGGUGAACCUGUUGAAGAUACUACCUAUGAAUCUGUACCGGAGGGACAAGAUGGACUCAGAGCCAAGGCUCUCUAUGACUACCAAGCUACUGAUGAAGAUGAAUUGACCUUUGACCCCAAUGAAAUAAUUACGCAAAUAGAGAAGAUUGAUGAGGGGUGGUGGAAGGGUGUAUGCCGGGGGAAGACUGGACUCUUCCCAGCAAACUACGUAGAAAUGUUGUAAAUCACCAGAGAUUCUAUAUUAUCUGCUUCAUCUACGGAACAGCCAUUUUGUAUGCAGCCAUGAUCGUAGCAGCCAUGCGACAGUUCCAAUGCACAGGUGACAAUUCGACCAGUUGUCCGACAGCCCAAGUACCCUAGGCUAUGCCUCGGGCAUUUAAAUACUGUUCUAAAGGUACCUCGGGGGUUUAAUUCCUAUUAAUGUCCUCCAUGGUGUUUAUUAUUUGUAUAUUAGAGCAUACUUGAGGAGACUAAUUAGCAUUAGACACUGAGAUUGACAUUAAGCAUACCAUGUAAUUGGGUAUGUGCUUUCAAAUGGGUUAGAAUUUUACAUAGGAUAUUGUAUGCAGUCACUGUUGCAACGAGAAUCAAAGAACAUUGCACGAGCGAAAUGCAGUUUCGCUAAGAAAAAAUCACACAACAUUCCACCUAGAUUAAAGGAUAGUGAGAUUUUUAUUGAUAUAUUGGUCAUUUUAGAUAAAGACCCUGCAUGUGCAUGUAUGAUCGAGGAUUGUGUGUGCUUUAGUUGGUUCUUUUUCUUAUCCUCUCUCUUUCCCUCCUCGUCUUCAUUUCACUUUUUCAAUCAACGCUGUUCUCAGUUUGUUACUUCAUCUCAUAUUUGAUUCUUUCAUAACUCUCUCUUUUACUCUUUGUGUCUCUUUGUCUUUUUUCAGUUCUUUGAUUUUUUACAUGUACCUCACCCCACACCUCCCUCUAUACUCCUUUUAUCUCUCUCUCUCUCUCUCUCACCCCUUUGUUUCCUCUUUCAUUUUCUCUCUUUCACACACAUUCACCAUCCUUGCAUUGUGGAGAAUCCCUUUUGUAUUACUCAACAUUAUUUAGCCUAGUUAAUUGUCAAAGUGUCUUAUUCUUAAUUUGGUAUUGCUUGCUCCAUGUAUUUCAAUCCAAUAACAAACAGGAUGAGAUGUAAUUUUAAUUAUCAUGCAUCAUUAUAAAAUUAUGAUAAUGAAAAUAAUUAUAUUGAAAAUAUAGUAAUUAAUCUUGCUUAGCAGUCUCUAAGUGCUCUACAAUGAUGCGUCAUAAUGUACAUGUCUACCAGAGGGAUGAGAUUUAGUACAUUUUGUAGCAUAAAGUUUGUAAUUAUGAUUAUGUAUGAAAGAGAAUUACAUAAUGUAUUUUUGACCUAUUUCUUAAUUUGAAAAUGUGUACUACAUGUGCAUGUGUUUCAGCCACAUACAUGUAAUUCAAAGGGAUGAGAUGAAAUACAUUUCAUAUCAUUAAGUAUGUGUAACAUAGAGAAUUGUGUAAUAUACAUUGUAUCACAGACUGAUUUUGAACUGAUACGAUCCUGUGUAUGAUGCUUAAUUGAUGCUUGAAUGAACAUAUUGUUUUAUAGCUCUUAGGAAAAUGUAUUAAUAUAUAUAUACACGAUAUUAUUUGUAUUAUCAAGUCUUUUCAUACAAUGGAAAUAAAGUCACAUGUAUUUACAGGGCGGACAUCUAAACAUCUGUUGAAUAUUAAAUUGCAAAUGAUGAUAUUUUGCUUUCUGCUAGUACUAUAAUGCAUUUUUAAGUCCAUUUCACAGCAGUCAAAAUGUUGCAGAAGUCAAAAAGCAGUCUUGAGACUUUUCUUAUAUUAGAUGCUUGUUUAUGUUUUCACCCAUACAUCAUGUAGCUAUGUGUUUUAUAGCUCCAUGCAUACAUUUAUGGCGAAAAAUGGUUAUUAGUCAGUUUUACAUUGAGCUACAUGUUAAGUGAUAGGGUAAAAAUGGCAAAAUGUUAAUGUAUCAAGCUGUUUUUUUCAACCACCCGUAUUUGUAGUAGGGUCAACACAUUUCUUUCACUCAUGAAAUAUAACCGUGAUCUUUCAUACAUGUAUCUGUCCAAUUCAUGCCUUGUUUUUACCAGUCCUGGGGCCGGUGUCAUAAACACUUUAGAAAUAACUUACAACUAAUGCCAUCCAACUACCAUGGAAACCUUGUCUGUGAUUGGCCGCUGAGCCCUGUUACCAUGAAUACGAUGAUGGUAAAGUUGUAAUUGUAAGUCCUUUGUGACAAUAGCCCCUGGUACUAUACUGUACAUGUAAGACUACUUCAGGUAUCUGUGUAUGUAAUACUGUACAAAGUUGCUUUCCAAACUAGACUACUAAAUCUAUGGCUUUCAACAUUGACCUGGCAUUGCUCCUGGGAUAUUCUCUCAAGUAUUUACUUGCCAGCCUACAUUUACACCCUUUUAUGUGAUACCUUCCUCAAAUGGUUUGGAGUAAUUUUGGCGCUUUUUGUACCGGUAGCUAAAAAGGAGAAAAUGCCAAAGACAGGUUUUAUAUUCCAGAGUGAUACCAAACAUAUUAUGGUGGUGUUAACAGAUGUAGCUACUUCUGUUUUAUAUUGGGUCUUUUUUGUUUUUAGUACUUUGUCACUUCUGCUUAUUAGUCUCUGUACGCUGUGAACAGUGUGUAUAUUUGUGUCUCAGAUGAAUUUGUUUAAUCAAUUGAAUUGGAGCAGAACUUUGUUCUUGUCCAUAAGAUGAAUUAAUCAAUUACUCUAAAGCCUGUGGCUAACAUUAUUUCAACCGUCAAAAUUAUGUUGAGAAAAAGUCAGAAAAAAAAUCAAGUGAGAUUACCCAUUAAAUGUUCAUGUACUGUACAUGUAUAAAAUGUUAUAUAAUACAAUACAGUAUUUGCCAUUUUCUUGUAGUAAAAAUUAGUGUAUCCAUACAGGUGUGUACAGUUAUCAUUUUUAACAUGGAUUUUGUAUUAGUGUCGAGAUUUCUGAUCAUGUUUCGUGAUCGUUACCACUACAUGUAUAAAACUUUAAUAUGAGCUAUGGAAUUGAGUCAUUCUGUCUCGUACAUGUAUCAUUUUAUGUUUGUACACCUCGGAUUAAAAGAGAUGCCUUUU